AGUAGCGGAACGAGAAGACGGAGCUCCUUCCUCACCUCCUCCACCUGUGAACAUCGUUGAGGAGUCCCUUGGCCUCGAGGGAAUUGCACCCGUUGCAAAAAAGAGGACUUUCAUGCAACGUCGCGCUACUUCUAAAGUCUUGGAACAACAGGACGAAUCAAGAACCAGUCAACCUCUUCAACAGAAAGAAGAACAUGCACAGCCGGAGCAACGAAGCAUCAAGGCACAGCCCCCUCCAGCAAUGGUGCCUGUAGCAGCACCGUCAAGCAGUAAUAAAGCCAGUCCUCUAGUGUCUUCAACAAGACCGCAUCGCCAGCCAGUUGCAUUGCCAGCUCAAGCGGAG